UUUUAAAAACUGUUCUAGAUUAUUAGAAAACAUGGAAUGGAAGGAUUUUACUUUGAUAUUACUUAUCAAGAAUUUACUCCACCAAUGUUGCAGUCACUAAUUACACAUUCUAAGCAAUGUACUCAAGAUAUCAAAUAUGAAUGUUUCAAAAUGCCACUUGGAUUGAGAACAUAUACUUGGAUGGAAUCUUCUGCUUCGGGACAUUAUGUUACAACCAUUGGUAGUAAUCUCUCUUCAGGAAGAUGUCCCUGUUCGGAAACAAGAAGUUGUGCCAAUUCGUCAUUAAUGUGUAAUUGCGACAUCAGUGAUGCCAGAUGGCGGGUCGAUGAAAGUACUUACACAGAUCGCAAAGAUUUGGGUAUAACGAGAGUGUAUAUUCUUCAGCCUCCUAAUACAGCAGCUGAUGCCGAAGCACGUUUAUCAAUCGGGCAAUUAGACUGUGUGGAAACAGAUACCCAGCAAUAUGUUAUCACUUUUAAAACUCCCGUUUCUUCUGUUGAAGUACCUGGCUGGUACAGAGGAGAUAUGGCAUUUAGUUUUCGAACUUCUAAUAACAGGGCCGUUUUGGUAUAUCAAGCUGCAGUGCACACAACACAUGGAUAUUUCAGAGUACUGUUAAUAAAUGAUUACGAGCUAUCAUUUGAAUAUACAGUCAACGGAAAGCCUGAAAGUGUAAUAGUAAAAUCUGGUCGUAAACUUAGUACCGGAGAAUGGCAACAGGUUUGGGUGGAUCACGAUACGCAUCAUAUGCGUUUUACUGUCAAUUCACAUAGCGAAAUGAGAGACUUGGGAGAAGAAGAGGAAGCUGGACCUUUUGAAGGACCAUUAUUUGUUGGAGGAGUACCUAAGCAUCACGCAGGUAACUCUACAAUAAAAGAAGGAUUUAUUGGUUGUUUUAGAGGUUUAGUAAUUGGUGAUUCUGUCGUAAAUCUUCAUGAGCAUUUAAUAAAAAGUUCACCAGACAUUGUUGUUAACUGCCAGCCAUCGUGUUCUCCAAAUCCUUGCAAAAAUGGUGGUAGUUGUAUAGAAUAUUGGGGAUCUUAUGCAUGUGAAUGCCAUAAUCCAAUUGCUCAUUCUGGAAAAAACUGUGAAGAGAAUAUUAAUGUUAAUGGAAUAACAUUCCUCACUUCAAAUUCCUUUUUUCAUAACAAAACAAAUGAAAAUGAAACCUAUGUAAUGAGUCCGGUUAUGGAUCAGGAUAUUCUACUUAAUUUUCGAACUUAUGAAGAAAAAGCCCUACUUCUUUAUGCCAAUGACCACCUAAAUAAUUUUGUUCAACUUCAUUUUGACGAAGGAAAAUAUGUCUAUUUUACAUUUAAUUCUUAUCGUUCUGUAGUCCAAGGAGUUGUCGAAACAUCAGGAAUUUCAAAGGGGCUUCCUGUACAAAUCAAAUUGUCGAGACAUAAAGACAAGACAAUUCUGCAGGUGAAUAACAAGAAACUUGUAAUUAACAAACCUAUCAAAUUUGUAGAAAAAUAUCGCCAGGAACCAUGGGUGGAAGGACAAGAUUUAGAAUUAAUUAAACCACCAAGAGGCAAUUAUCCAACAAUACCGCAUGCUGAAAUGUUUCUUGGAAAUGUCGGGAGAGGAACCGUGUCGUAUCUUCCCGGGUUUGUUGGUUGCAUGCAGGGACUGAAAAUAGGAAAUUCUAUUUUUGAUCUCGAGAAAGCUGCUUUGCAAAAAUCUGAUUUUUCAGGACAAUUGAGGCCGGGUUGUAAAAUGUUGUGUGAUGAAAUGCCUUGUCAUAAUGGUGGUAUAUGCAUUGAAGAUUGGAAAAAUAAUUAUACUAAUUGUGAUUGUACUUUAACAUCUUACACAGGAGAUGCAUGCCAAAAAGUUGGCUACCNAUCAUUAACUCCAGAAGGAUCUCUUUUGAUAGAAGAAGAUAGAGAAUCUGAUGGAAUUGUAAGAAAAGUAAUUAAAAAGAGUGGAGGUAGUUUUGCCGACAAUCACAGACACUGGAUUUAUUACACUCGCGACGGGAAUCAAAUUAAACUCAUAGUAGACGGAGAAGAACACAUUCCGACUAUUCAACAGACUGCGGACAACAUAGAAAAAUCUACAGAAACAUCGAGCAAGGCAGUCAUUGGUGGAACCCAGACCAGAGAUCACAGGUUUGAAGAUUACGGAAAUUUUCACGGCUGCAUAUCAAAUGUGAUAAUUGAAUUGGGUGGAUUCCACAUGAAGCCAUUGGAAACUGUCUUUGGUUAUAAUAAACUUGCCAUGGAAAAAGUAAAAACGGAAGGACCUCCAACCGAGGGUAAAUGUGCCAGCUUUGGGAACGUAGUUACGUCUUCUACCGAAACACCUGGAAUUCCCCAUGACAGGGUCCAAGUUUGGAAACCGGAACCACCUGUGAAAAUUAAGUAUACAACUAUUUACAUAGAAACAGAAGCCAACAAGCUACAGAAAAUAAUGGAGUCCAGUAUCAAAACAGCAAUAGUAAUGGGAGUAUUCUUUCUACUGGUGAUGUUUGCACUGUCAUUGUACAUAUGGAAAAUCCAAAAGCGUCACAAGAAAAGACAGCUGAGAGCCGAAAUGUUGUUUUUUCAAGGAAGGCGAAGUACAAUGAACCAAAGUAAAAUAACUAAUUUCGGAACACCUGGUCGCUACGUAGAGUUUUCUUCGGACACUCAGCCGCUGGCAGCCUCCGACACAGAGACCAACUCCAAACCAAAGACUAAUCAUUCCAAACCUUUUGCCAAUGCCCAACAGCAGAAUGUGGGGAAUGAUAACAGGGUGCAAGAAGAAACUGAAACUGAAAACUCUCCCUUGUUGAAAGAAAAAGAUGAAGUAGAUUUGUCAAUACGACCAUCAUCUUCCCAAGAACUGGAAUGGGAUCCUGCUGCAGAUAAUGCAGAUUUAAUUACCACUGCCAUGAAUGAAAUGACUCCGGACGAGAUAGGAGAUGAUUCGGAGGAGGUGGAAAAUCCCGGUCCUCUCCGUUCACAAAUACUUAGAAACGUGCCCUUGGCUUCGGCCAGUGAGGUGACAAUAAACCGACUCAGUCAAACGUUUGCCUGAUUGGAUUCGAGCGAGUGCUCGACAAACAGUAUUAGGUCAUAAGAAAGUCUUGUCGCAGACAUGGAAGUUCGUGCCAAAUAUUUUGUUGCACGUUGUGCAAAUAAUUACCAAAUCAUUAAUUCUAGUCUUAGAAUACUGAACAGACGUCACAAGAAUAAAUUUUGAAGAUCUCAACCAUUCUUAGAUGCUAGAAGAAAGUCACAGAGUGCCGAGCGAUAGCCCUUUGGUAAAUAACGAUUGUAACGAGAAAGGACGUUGCCUUUUUUACAGAUAAAUAAAGUUUGGAAAUUUGAUUUUUUGUUUUGAAUGCUUAAAAUAACAAGUUCUCAGUUAUUAUUAAAUAAUUUUUGCUGUUUA